AUAUUAUCAUGAUGUUAUUUAACAUUAUGCGCUUCGUGAGUAACAGAAAAAGUGCGUCUCAUUUCGUUCCCUGUAUCGUGAAUCUGUUUCGUGUGAAUACAAAUUCAGACACUGCAAUAGUGAUACGGAGCUUUUUCGAACCAAUUGAUUCACAAAAUGAUUCAGUGAAUCGAUUCACUUGAAUCACCGCGCGCUGACGAGACAUUGCUGCUCCAAACAAGUCACAAAGUGUCCAAACACACAGAAAAACUCCUGCUGAAGCGACUGAGAUAUAUGUAACACACUGUUAUAAAGAUGGAGUUUAUUAAAGAGGAGAGUGAAGAUGUAAGGAUUGAAGAAACAUUCAGAGUCAAACAUGAAGAAGAUACUGAGGAACAAACAGACCAGAUGGUGCUGAAAGAGGAGUAUCAAGAACUGAAUGAAACAGAAGAGAAAGAUCUUGAUUUUAUGACCUCUCAGAAAAGUGCUCUGGAGACUGGAACUAGAGGUAGUUUCAUCUGCCAGCAGUGUGGAAAGUGUUACAAUCAGAAAGGAAACCUUAAAGUUCACAUGAGAGUUCACACUGGAGAGAAGCCUUUCACCUGCCAACAGUGUGGAAGAAGUUUCCCACGAAAAGAAAGUCUUAAGUCUCAUAUUCGAAUUCACACGGGAGAGAAGCCGUUCACAUGUGAUAAGUGUGGAAAGAGUUUCUCUCAUAAAGGACCCCUUCAUACUCACAUGAUUGUUCACGCCGGAGAGAAACCUUUCACCUGCAAACUGUGUGGAAUAAUGCUCAAUCGAAAAGGAAAUCUGAAGACUCACAUGAGAGUUCACACUGGAGAGAGGCCGUUCACAUGUGAUCGGUGUGGAAAGAGUUUCACGCGUAACGAAAGCCUUAAUUACCACAUGGGGACUCACUUAAGAGAGAACAGUUUUAUAUGCCAUCACUGUGGAAUAAGCUGUACAAAUAAAGCAAACCUCAAGACUCACAUGAAAGUUCACACUGGAGAGAAGCCUUACACGUGUCUUCAGUGUGAGAAGAGUUUCAAAUAUCAAAAAGAUCUGAAAAGGCAUUUACAAACUCAUUCUGCCAAGAAAACGCAGUGUUCUGAGUGUGGCAAGAGGUUUAGAAAAAGUAGCAAUUUCAAAAAUCACUUUUGCCUUCAAUCUGGUGAAAGAAGGGUAGCCGUGGAUUCUUGAAAAGCCUGCAAAAGCAUUACGUUCACUUUCAACAAAUCCAUGAGAAGUAUCAAAUAACAAAUAAACAGUUUGCAAAGGUCUCAAUUUUUUGGAACCCAUGCAAGAGACACUUAAGGCAAACAUUUUUGAUUAGCUGCAGAUUGUCAUGGUCACUUAUUUACAUGCUAACAAAGAUGCUAGAUUUGGGGUGUUUAGGUGGACAAGAAGUAAUUGUGAAAUGUAAAUUUAGCAGUAAUUGACCUGAAAGUAUUUUUCCUGACUCUGAGCUUGUGAAAACUUUGACAAGUAGAUGAGACAAAACUGCCUUGUUAUAUACUUUUACUAUUGACCAGGGCUGCGUUUCCCAAAAGCCCCGUAAGCCUAAAUUGAUUGUAGCUCCAUUGGUGGCAAUGGGUCUAUGAUCAACUUAGGCUUACGGUGCUUUUGGGAAAUGCAGCCUUGGUCUUUUCAUGAUCAGAUUAGAAAAACGCAUGAAGUGAACAGGGGCCUCAUUUAUAACCAUUGUGUACAAAAACAGCCCCGAAAGAUGCGUAUGCCACUUUUUGCGUAAAAGGUGGGAUUUAUAAAAACAAACUUGACUGGAAAAUUUGAGCACAUGCACGAAAACUCUGCGUACAAACUCUUUUUCCUGGAGUGAGAAAAUUCAUUAAGUAAGAACUCUCUUUUCAUGUCGAUAUAUAUACAUUACAUAUUCCACUCUGAUAUGGAGAUAAGGACUGAAAUUACGCAGAACUUAAACAUUUGUAGUAAAUUUUUCCUCUUUUAUUGACAGUGAGGAGUGCUAUAGGUGCACAAUAAUUCAUCUUUAAACUGAUCUUCAGAUCUCAUGUUAUGAGAAAAUACUUUUUAGUGAAAACAAUGAUCAAUGAUGCGCACUUACUUCGAUAUUAUGGUGGACACUGCUGGAUUCAGU